GUUAAAUGCGUCGCGAGACCGUCCGGCCCGAAGCCUUUUCAGCUCGACGCCAAAACGGAUGUCCCUGCUGGAAGAGAGAGAGGCCCAUGUCUGAAAACCCAGACAGACCAGGUCACAUUUCCACAGAAAGUCAACCACACGCGAGUACGUCGGUCGAGCUAGAACAGCAGCAGCAGCAGCAGCAAGAUGGAGUGUGAGUGGAAGCCAGACGAGCAAGGACUUCAACAAAUUUUACAGCUGCUCAAAGAGUCUCAGUCGCCAGAUACGUCCACGCAGAGAUCCGUCCAGCAAAGACUCGAGCAGCUCAACCAGUAUCCAGACUUCAACAACUAUUUGAUAUUUGUUUUGACGAAGUUAAAAUCGGAAGACGAACCAACUCGGUCCCUAAGUGGCCUGAUACUGAAGAACAAUGUGAAAGCUCACUAUCAGAACUUCCCUAACGGCGUGUCUGAUUUCAUCAAGAGCGAGUGCCUCCAAAACAUCGGAGACUCUUCUCCUCUCAUUCGAGCCACUGUGGGUAUCCUCAUCACUACAAUCGCCUCCAAGGGAGAGCUGCAGAACUGGCCCGAGCUCCUGCCUAAACUCUGCCUGCUGCUGGACUCUGAGGACUACAACACAUGUGAGGGAGCGUUCGGAGCCCUGCAGAAGAUCUGCGAGGACUCCGCCGAGAUCCUGGACAGCGACAUGCUGGAUCGUCCUCUCAACAUCAUGAUCCCCAAGUUCCUGCAGUUUUUCAAGCACAACAGUCCUAAGAUCAGGUCUCAUGCCAUCGCCUGCGUCAAUCAGUUCAUCAUCAGCAGGACUCAGGCUCUCAUGCUUCACAUCGACCCAUUCAUCGAGAACCUGUUUGCCCUGGCGACGGACGAGGAGCCAGAAGUGAGGAAGAACGUCUGCAGGGCUCUCGUCAUGCUGCUGGAGGUUCGCCUGGAUCGUCUCCUGCCGCACAUGCAUAACAUCAUAGAGUACAUGCUGCAGAGGACUCAGGACCACGACGAGAAUGUCGCCUUGGAGGCCUGCGAGUUCUGGUUGACGCUGGCGGAGCAGCCGGUGUGCAAGGAAGUGCUGUGUGGUCACCUCUCCCAGCUCACUCCGGUGCUCGUCAACGGAAUGAAGUACUCCGAGAUUGACAUUAUCCUGCUCAAGGGAGACAUCGAGGAGGACGAAGCCAUUCCAGACAACGAGCAAGACAUCCGGCCGCGCUUCCACCGCUCCCGCACGGUGGCCCAGCAGCACGAAGGGGACGGGAUCGAGGACGAAGACGACGACGAUGACGAACUGGACGACGACGACACCAUCUCCGAUUGGAACCUGCGCAAGUGUUCAGCAGCGGCAUUGGACGUGUUGGCCAACGUGUUCAGAGACGAUCUGCUGCUGCACAUCCUUCCGCUCCUUAAAGAGCUGCUCUUCCACCCGGAGUGGGUGGUUAAGGAGUCGGGCAUCUUGGUGCUGGGGGCGAUAGCAGAAGGCUGCAUGCAGGGCAUGAUCCCAUACCUGCCCGAGCUCAUCCCCCACCUCAUCCAGUGUUUAUCUGACAAGAAGGCCCUGGUGCGAUCCAUCACCUGCUGGACGCUGAGCCGCUAUGCACACUGGGUUGUCAGCCAGCCCCCAGACGUUUACCUGAAGCCUUUAAUGACCGAGCUGCUCAAGCGUAUUCUGGACAGCAACAAGCGUGUGCAGGAGGCUGCUUGCAGUGCCUUUGCCACCUUGGAGGAGGAGGCUUGUACAGAGCUGGUGCCCUACUUGGCAUUCAUCCUGGACACACUGGUGUUCGCUUUCAGCAAGUACCAGCACAAAAAUCUCCUCAUUCUUUAUGACGCCAUCGGAACGCUGGCAGACUCAGUGGGCCACCAUCUCAAUAAACCGGAGUACAUCCAGAUGUUGAUGCCACCUUUGAUUCAGAAAUGGAAUCAGCUGAAAGAUGAAGACAAAGAUCUCUUCCCUUUGUUAGAAUGUUUGUCGUCUGUAGCCACUGCCCUUCAGAGCGGCUUCCUGCCAUAUUGUGAGCCCGUGUACCAGCGCUGUGUCAACCUGGUCCAGAAGACCCUCGCUCAGGCCAUGGUGAGUCUUCACCAGUCACAGCCCGACCAGUACGAGGCCCCGGACAAAGACUUCAUGAUCGUGGCUCUGGAUCUCCUGAGUGGACUCGCCGAGGGUUUGGGAGGCACCAUCGAGCAGCUGGUUGCCCGUAGCAACAUCCUCACCCUCAUGUACCAGUGCAUGCAGGACAAAAUGCCCGAAGUGCGUCAGAGUUCGUUCGCUCUUCUCGGGGAUCUGACCAAGGCUUGUUUCCAGCACGUCAAACCGUGCAUCGCUGAUUUUAUGCCUAUACUGGGUACGAAUUUAAACCCAGAGUUAAUAUCAGUGUGCAACAACGCAACGUGGGCAAUCGGAGAAAUAGCUAUACAAAUGGGGCCUGAAAUGCAGCCAUACAUUGCCAUGGUGCUGCACCAGCUGGUGGAAAUCAUUAACAGGCCCAACACCCCAAAGACUCUACUGGAGAACACAGCAAUAACAAUUGGUCGUCUUGGUUACGUUUGUCCUCAAGAGGUGGCACCCAUGCUACAGCAGUUUAUAAGACCCUGGUGCACUUCUCUACGAAAUAUAAGAGACAACGAGGAGAAAGACUCGGCGUUCAGAGGCAUUUGCACUAUGAUCAGUGUGAAUCCAGGAGGUGUAGUGCAGGAUUUUAUAUUCUUCUGCGACGCGGUGGCCUCCUGGGUAAACCCAAAGGACGAUCUCAGAGACAUGUUCUACAAGAUCCUUCACGGCUUUAAGAACCAGGUGGGAGAGGAGAACUGGAGGCGCUUCUCAGAUCAGUUCCCGAUGCCGCUGAAGGAACGGCUGGCAACCUUUUACGGGGUGUAACUGUUUCCACAGCACUGUGCCUCAUCACUGGGGUCAUUCACUACGGGAGACAAUAUAGGAAACCAUCCCAGGGAACAUGUUACCCUUAACUGGGGGGAAGGGUCAGCCUGCUGAGGGAAGGGAAGGGGUGGCGACCCCUUACCCGACCUGGUGGACGGGGUGGGAGGGAAGCUGGUAGCUGCAGUUCUCAGUGCCCCUACGGCUACAGGCUAGUGGGGGAAAGGGACGGGCAGAUCCACCUUUUUAUCAUGGGAGGAAAAAUUCAUUUAAUCACAUCUCAAUCACAAUGGAAAUUAUUCCCCCUUUUUUUUUUGUCUCGAUUUAUUCCCCAAAUAUCUUAUUUUGUGGACUGCUAAAAAAGAAACGUAAGGAAAAGAUGGAACUCAUUGGGGGAGGGCGGGAGGGGGUUGGUUAAAGGAUGAAAAAUGUUUUUAGGCAGAAAAGCGGUCGUCAGGGCUGAGGUGCAUUUAUUAAGAAGGUUGUUCUUAAAUUAAAAUUAUUAGUUGAAGGUUUGUCAAGAUUUUUUAUUUUCUCCAAAGAGAGAGGUUAGCUUAAAGCUAAGGAAUAGCAGAUAAGAAUGCAUUUUAUUGGAUCCCAGAACUAUUAUUAUUAUUAUUAUUAUUAUUUUGUUUGUUUUAAACGCUGCAUAUCACAGAAUAAGUCAUCACCAGUUUAGUUCCCGUAGCCGGACGGAGGCUGUAAAUUUACGGCCUCGGAGAGCACAAGGAUUUCUUUUAAGAGCAGCUUUUUUUCUGGGAAUAGGUAGCAUGCUUAUAUCAUUGUGGAAAGCUGUUGAACAUUAGUGAUGUGUGUUGACGGCUGUCAUUGCCCCUUGUUUUUUUUUUUUUUUUUUUUUUUUUUCCCGAUAAGAUUCUACUUUUUGGUCUCGUAAUUUGUAUUUACAGUACUUUUUUUUUUUUUUUCUACCGGAGGAGGAUGACGUCGCUGUCGGCUGUGAUGUAGCAUGACGGGGUUUACACGCUCGCUUUAGGAGACGUGCUGUAACUUUUGGAGUGACUCUCUUUCGGUCUUGUGGUGUGGAUGUGACGCGGACAUUCAUGGGCAAGCAUAUCGAAGCUUUAGAGGCUUACGGUCCUUUUGUACCGAAGGAUUAAGUGAAGGAGAAGCAUGCGGGUUAGCGUCCUGUGUGUGUGUCAUCGUUAUCUUUUUUGUUUUUUUUUUAUGGAAUUAACCCCACUAUGACACAAAUGGCGUCUCGCCGAUCGUCGUGACUUUGGCUGUCGGAAAACAUACAAACCAUCAAACCAAUGUUCAAUAUGUUUUAUUUCUCAAUGUGCUGAAGUUUCCUUAUUGGUCGUUUAGCUUCUUCUUGUGCGAACAGCAUGAUCUAGAGGGUGACUGUGUCAUGUUUCGGGUGGUUGUCACUGUGGGGUACUUGGAUGCUUUCAUCUCUUGCAUGUUGGUGGCCCCUCACAGCCCAACAUAUAGCGGGGAAGGAGGGGAGGGAGGGAGGGAGGGGGAGAGGGACGGGGAGCUUCAAUUUAAGAUAUUAAAAAAAGAAAAAGUAAAAACAAGUACAUAGUUAACCAUUUAUGUAUUGCAACACUGGGACUUUUAUAGCUUCACGUGACUCUUGCUGGAGUGUUCUCCCUAAACUACGACCCCCCCAUAGCUGGAUGUAUAGUUUUUAAAUACUGUGAAAGAAUGUUAAUGUCUCUGCUCGUUUUGCGCUGUUAUAUUUUUUAAAAAGUGUCUAAGUGUAAGUUACAGCUAGCCUGAAUGUAUUCCAUGAUGGGUAGGAGUGAUAGGAAGAGUUUUUUUUUUUUAAUUAUUAUUAUUAUUAUUUUAUUUUACGCCCAGCCAGUCGUUUUUCCUCUGCUGGUCGGAGUAAUAACUGCAGUAUUUGAUGAUUUUUUUUUUUUUUUUGCACAUGACAUGCACUCGAAAAAUUUUAAUUGCAAGUGCUUGAAAUGACCGAUGUAGCCAAACCCUUCAGAAUAUGACCUUAGUGUUAACACACAAUAUUGAGUAAGGAUUGCUGCUAAAAAAAAUAAAAUAAAUAAAUAAAAAUAAAAAAUGUAUUUACCCUAAUGCAAUAAGUGUCUCGAUGCAGUUGGGUUAUUAGAUCAUAUAGGAGUAGUUUAACGUGUUAGGUGAACUCUGACAAUAUGAAACUUAGGUUUGAUCGUUUAACACAGGAUAGGCGCUAACUACGAGCUAAUAAUUCAUCAUGGAAUACAAAGGCAAAUCCCUGUAUGUGUCACAUCAUUUUGUGUUUCGAAGUGAUUUUUGUCUGUCACAUUCCAGCUGUUAGGCAUGCGAAUAAUGGAGUAACCACGGCUUGAUGGGGCGUGUGUGUUCUUUCAUCGGAAGGUUCUACAAAACACAUGAAAACAACCCCCCCGUUAUUACUGUGCUGUAUUUCUGACUGGACUGCUGCUAAACAUUGUAGUUGUUUUUUCACCACUUGAAUAUGUGUUUUCUAUGUGUUAACCUCAGGUUGUUUGUGUCCAGUGUAAUUAUUAUUAUUAUUUUUUGUUUCUAUCAUUUCCCCCCAAUGUGUACGCCUUUAUGCAUCUUCUCCUCAGCAACUCAAGAUUAGUUUAAAAAAAACGAAAUAAAAUUAAAAAAAAAGCUCACCCUUCAUAUUAGACGUGGAUGAAACGUGGGUGUUAGUUAGUUAGCGUUAACGCGCGCAACACUGCUAGCCGUCAAAAUGGGUGCAAAGCAGAGGGUAAGAACAAUUCAGAAAUGGUAACUUGCACAUACUUUAUGUACUUUUUGUCAAAAGCGAUUGUGGCGAUGACUACGGUAAAUAGUGUAAACUACACAAUGCCUUGAGGGGUCUUGUUGGUGUUUUGCGAUAGAUAUACAGUAUGCUGUAUCUAAAAAGAAGCAAGAGACGCCUCGCUUAAAAGCGAAGGAAUAGCCUGACGACUCGAUGAUGUGAACGUACCGUUUGCAGACAUAAGUUUGACUUUCUACGAAGCUUUAUCGAAAUUUGUAUUUUAUAAAGCACCCACCAAUAUUAAGGAAUGUCUAGUCAACGAGCUCCUGGAUUCUGUAAUUCAAUUAGCCUUUAAAACUUGAUUAGAUUAUCUGCCUUCAUCUUUUUUGCUAAUAAAAGCAAAAACAUCAUUUUGAUAGAUAUGGUUUGAUUUUUUUUUAUUAUUAUUUUUAUUUUAAUAAGCUGCUGAAUUUAAAAAAAGAAAAAGAAAAAAAACUUUUUUGGGGCCACCAAAUAUUUUGGAUCAUGCAAAGACUCUAUAUUGUACUGUAGUAAUUUUGUAAUAUUUGUAAGACGAUAUAGUGGGUGUGACUGGUUACCAUUGCUUGAAUCUGUACAUUGUUCCAAUAAAUUGUUUACAUUA